AUGUCUUCCACUGCUCCUACUUGCCAAGCCCUGGGUAAUAUUGUGAACAAUACUGAUUCAGCUCCCUCUCAGCGUCAACAUCGUGAAUGCCGUCCUUCUGAGAAGGCUUUGUAUCAAGUCGAGGAGGACCAAGAGUUCCAUGAGGCACACCACCACCCAAGCGGUCAAGACAAAACCAAGGCCACCUGUAAAAAUUGUGUCAACAGAGGUACACAAGACAGCACACAGUUUUCAAUGCAGGCUAUCACCCAGUCCAAAGGUAGUGUAGCAGCCAAUGGUCCACUAGAUCUGUGGCCCCGGUUCAGCAAGGAAGACACUCUUACAAAGGAGUCCAGUUUUGUGAAUGGUGAACACAGGUCCAAUAGUUUCAGUCUGCCACCUGCACCACAGAAUUUGACCGACAUAGACUUGACCGACAGUGAGCAGUAUGAUGACAAUGACAACGACCCUAUCAAUCAUGAUGUGGACAAGAGUGAUGUAUUUACUGGUGGAGAGAAUGAUCUCACAGAUUUGUGCCACUUGAAGUGUGUGCGGCUACCACACUCGGAUGAUGAGGGUUACAGCACCCAGAGUCAUAAAUGGAUGCACAAGUCCGAAGAUUCGCCUUCCCUGCAGCAAGGUGAACAGCAACUUCCAUGCAAGAUUCAUCAGAGUAAGGGCCAUGUAGCAGCCCAGGAUUACGAAGUAGUAGCAGUGCAGCAACUCAUCAAGUUUGUGAUCAGCCAUUUUUGUGUCCAGCUCGCAUCUGAGUAUGCCUAUCCAGAUCACAUGACUCAAGUCUUGUGGGCAAAGGAGGCCUGGAAGGAGGCAUGUAGCUCUUAUGAGAUUGACAUGGGAUUCAAUGGCGAGAUCAUACAGAUGAUUACACACCGCACAUUGCAUCUCACAAGCAAGGUGAAAAGGAAGGUUUGCCCGCUUGUCAAGAACAUUUAUGGUUUCAAGUCCACCAAUCGGGAGUCCAUCAAGUCUAGGAAUCGCAAACUCACCUGUCAGCUCAAGGAUAAAUUUGGCUUGUGUUACCAGGACCUUGGGGACAAAAAGAACAACAUCCCUCACAGUGGCCUCUUUCGGUCAAGGUUAAAUCAGCAAGCGGAAAAUUUACUCUGGUACUGCAACAAGAAGAAUGAAGGGAUUGUAUUUGAGAAGUUUUUUUCGCCAUUUCCAAUUCCUGCCUUGGCCUUGGUGUACACCACAGCCGAAUGCUGCAUUGAUGAAUGGUAUGAUGGCAAACGGGUGGAUAUCAGCUUUUCGAGCAGCGAGUAUAGGGAGGCUUAUGAUAUGCAUCUCGUGAACCUCAAGAAGUUUCAUACUCAAAUGAAGGAUCAAGGAAUCCUUGAUGGCAUCCUGGCAGAAUUCAACAACAAUGGCAGGUUGCAUGCAAAGGUGGAUCCAAUUAACAUUGGAGACAGAGACUGCCUCUCAGACGACAAGAUCAACAACAUGAUCCAGGAAUACCAACAGGUUGGUGGCACAGAUGAUAGUGACAAGGUGGAGUCUGACUGGGAGUCUGAGGGUGGUCAAUUUGAAGAUGAUGAAGUUGAGGCCAAGUAUAAUAACUGCUGA